AAAGGAAGAAUUAGUCAAAGGUUCUUUGAUAUCAAAGAGCUGCUACUUCAAAGAGCAGGAUCUUUUAAAGCCGGAUCGUUCGCGAACGACCCAUCACUCGGUGUUGGCAGCAAAUGCUUUUCAGUCCGCGUCUUACAUUUAAAACAUGAGCCAAGACAUAAAGCCGGAAGUUAGCAACACGCAGGAAGAAAUGUGCGAAUUCCAAAAGGUGAGAAAGUUGAUGGAGGAGCGACUAAAUGUUACUGCUGAAGAAAUAUUUGGAGUGUUGGAAAGAACCAUAGCAGAGUACGAGGAGGAACUUUCUAGGACAAAGGAGGAGAACAAACGUCUACAAGAACUACUGGAUGCUGUUUUCAAACCUCAAGUUGUGCUACACAGAGCAGACGUCCAGCGGGUGUCAGCGGGGAGUCAUGAAGAGGAGUGGCACACCAGUGUGGGACAGAAGGAGCUACAGGCCCCCUCCCACAUUGAAGAGGAGCAGCCCUGGGAGCAGCUUCAUGAUGAAGAUGAAGCUCAGUCCUUACAGCUUCAUCACAGUCAAAGUGAGGAGAACAGAGGGGCGGAGCUUGUAACUCAACACAUCACAGAAGCUGAUGGAGAGCAUUGUGAAGAUAUAAACUCACAACCAGACAGCAUCUUUGCUCCACUGUCAGACAUGGACGACAUGAUGUCAGACUCUUCUGAUCACAGUGACCACAUCCAAAAACCUUUGGAGAGUAAAAAUGACUCUAAAGGUGAUACGAGACAUCACACUAACAACAAACACUUUGACUGCUCUGAAUGUGGAAAAUCAUUUAGACAGAAGAGUCAUUUUACAGAACACAUGAGAACACAUACUGGAGAGAAACCUUUUACUUAAUCUGUUUGUGGAAAAUCAUUUAGACAGAAGAGUCAUUUUACAAGACACAUGAGAACACAUACUGGCGAGAAACCUUUUAAUUGCUCUGUUUGUAAGAAGAGUUUCUCCCAAAAGCAUGUCAUGACCACACACAUGAGAAUACAUACUGGUGAGAAACCUUUUACUUGCUCAACUUGUGGUAAAAGAUUCAACAGCAAGAAUGACAUGAUUAGACACAUGAGAACACACACAGGUGAGAAACCUUUUACUUGCUCUGUUUGUAAGAAGAGUUUCUCCAGAAAGCAUGUCAUGACCACACACAUGAGAAUACACACUGGAGAGAAACCGUUUAAUUGCACUGUGUGUGUUAAAACGUUCAGGUUUAAGCAGCAGGUCAGUCAACACAAGUGUGUAACAGUCAUGGAAGCUGCAGGGAUUUAAAAACACUUAAACAGUGAUUGUGCUAAAUGUACUUUAAAAACACAGCAUGUUUAAUAUGAAUGUAUAUUUUAUGUUGUAUGUAGUGCUUCUCAUCUUCUAGUGUUAUAUGUUGUCCUGUAAUUACUUUUUAAGUCGCGUGCAUUUAUUUAAUAUGAUUUUUGUAGCUAUUAUUUUAUUUUAUUUGCUAAAUGUUAAUUUUUUUUGUGUGUCUUAUAAAAUCACACAUUCUUU